UCCAAAAUAUCUGCAGCCGGCCACAUAUCACCCCUGCCCCAUAUUGACACACAAUUGAAACAUCCCACCCAUUAAUUCCUGAUGCUCGUGCUGUUGAGUCUUCCAGAGAGUCACAUAAACAUCUAAAGAUGCCUGUCAACUACAGCGGGACAUGGGACAUUGUCAGCAAUGUCAAUUUAGAGGGAUACAUGGUCUCACUUGGCAUUGAUUUUGCAACACGCAAGAUUGCCUCGAUGUUGAAGCCUCAGAAAGUGAUUAAGCAAGAUGGAGACUGUUUCACAAUCAGGACAUUCACUACUUUCAGAAAUUACGAGUGUUCAUUCAAAAUUGGAGAAGAGGUCACAGAAGUGACUAAAGGGAUGGACAACAGGUCAUGCCAGACUGUGGUGAACUGGGAAAAUGAUAAGCUGGUGUGUGUUCAGAAAGGAGAAAAGAAGAACCGAGGGUGGACUCACUGGAUUCAGGGAGACGAGCUUCAUCUGGAACUUACCUGUGAGGAUCAAGUCUGCAAGCAAGUUUAUAAAAGGACUCUGUGAUCUUGUUUUUUUAAAACCAUAUCAGACUUCAGAGAAAUAAAUUCACAGUAGGCCUAUUGAAUGAAAAUGAGUUGGCAUAAGCCACACAAUGUCUUAUAUGCUUUAUAAAGAGAAUUAUAUAAGAGUUAUUUGAGUGUAAUAGACUAGGAGUGUCAAAUCAUAGACUGUUAAUAUUAAUAUCUACAGUCAAUGGAUUAAAUGCUUAAACAUUACAGUACCUCCUCCGGGCCACAAGGUGGUUCUGUAUAUUAAACAUGCACUUAAACUCA